GAAGAGAGGAAGUUAAUUUGAUGAUAAAAAAGAAAAACAAAAGGCAUGAUAAUUACAUUUGCUUCAAUGUAACACAAGGAAUUAAUUAGUGAUGCACAAUAUUCACUUUUUACAACCGAUACCGAUAUCUGAUAUUUUCCAGCCUCUUGCAGCCGAUACUGAUAUCGAUACCGAUAGUCAACAAAUAUACUUUUUAAAACUUGAGAAAAAAAUAUUUGCAAGUACAAAGUAAGAGUGCAUGGGUCUUUUAAUAAGUAGGAUACUGUACAUCUGGGUGAAGUAAACUGAGGUGAUGAAGAAGUGGUGGGGAAUUUAUGUUAGAAUAGGAAUGUUGAAGGACAGAUGGUGGUGGACUUUAAUAAAAGAAUAAAAAAUGUCAGUUGUGAAGAUUCUCCCAGAUGAUUAAUGUCUGCAAUGUUUCUGUUUCUACCUGGACUUUUUACUACCAUGUGUGUCCUAUUCCACCAGAUCCUGACAUCCACUGUGCUCUUGGUUCAAGUACAUUGAUGAUCAUCUGACCUUUAUUUGUGUCUGUGUUUAAUUUAACCAGGCCAAGAUGAAAAAAAUCUUAACUCUGGUAUUCAUCUGUCACGCAGUUUCUGCAGCGAAACACUCCAUAAAGUUCUUAUUUACGGGCAUUUCUGGAACAACAAACUUUCCUGAGUUUGCAAGCGUAGCAACGAUAAAUGAAGAGGAGGUUGCUCACUGUGACAGCAUCAACAGGAGAGUUGAAACUACACAGCCUUGUGCGAGAAUUGUGUUGGAUAGCAACCAACGACUCUCUGAUAUUGUGUCAAAUGAAUGUCUUUCUCAUCCGGAAUAUUUUAAGAUCCAAAUGGAGGUUUUCAAGCGAAGUCUGAACCAAACUGAAGGUUCUCACGUUCUCCAGGGAAUAAGUGGCUGUGAGUGGGAUGAUAAAAGUGGUGAAAUCAAAACCUUUGAAAAGUGGGGUUAUGAAGGGGAAGACUUCAUCUCUCUGGACCAGCAGACGAUGACAUGGAUUACUUCUAAAGCUGAGGCUGUUGCAAUUAAACAUUUAUGGGAUGAAGACACAACAAGAUUAGAGCUCAUUAAAGACUAUUACAUGAUAAAGUGUCCAAAACUGUUGCAGGAGUACAAUAACUGUGCGGGGACUGUUAAUCACAGAACAGAGCGUCCUUCCGUGUCUCUCCUCCAGAAGACUCCCUCCUCUCCAGUCAGCUGUCAUGCUACUGGAUUUUAUCCUGAAAAGGCUGAUCUGUUCUGGAGGAAAGAUGGAGAGGAGAUUCAUGAGGGAGUGGAGAAGGGAGAGAUCCUCCCUAACAAUGAUGGAACCUUCCAGAUGAGCUCUGAGCUGAAUGUUUCAUUAGUCCAACAUGAGGACUGGAGGACGUAUGACUGUGUGUUCCAGCUCUAUGGGGUAAAGGAAGACAUCAUCACCACCCUGAACAAAGCAAAGAUCCGGACAAACACAGUCUCUCCUUCAGAGUUUCCAGUUGGUCCUGUUGUUGGAGGAGUUGCUGCAGUGGUUCUGCUCCUGGUUCUCACUGGAGUCUUUUACUGCUGUUGGAGAAAAAGAAAUGACUUCCACCUUGUUCAUGAUGAUCAAGGAAAAGAAGUUGAUGAUUCAGCAAAUGAAUGAAAUCCAAAGCAUCUCAAGAAGGAUUUUGCUCAGCUAAACAGCUGAUCUGUACAUAGGACACUUAAACUUUUCAUUUUUCUCACUAUCAAAGAUAAGAAAAGUCAUGUCAAUAUUUCUCUCUGGUUGUUUUCUUGAGAUCGUAACCUGAUAUUUUGUUAUCUCUAUUUUUAUUUCUCUGACAGAAAACACUUUUCUUUAUGUGGAGAUCAAUAGAAAAACACAACAGUUGCAUUGAUGUACUUAUUGUUUAUUAACUGUCUCAAAGCAGGUAUUCUGAGGUGAUGUAGACAUGCAAACACACCAGAUAUAAAUUAGCUAUAAAUAUGAUACAUGAGACCUGAGGCUCUGAACUCAGCUCAUUUGAACUUGCUCGCUUCUUACAACUGUGAGAAGACACUGCUCUUUAUUUUAAUUUUUUUUUUGCAGAAACACAUAAAACCCACAAGGCAAUGCACAACGGUGUGAAUAUCAUCCAUGUUGACUCUAACAUCCUCAAAUACUUCUAGUUGCAGUCAAACUCAAGCAAAAAUUCUGCUUAUUUUCUUAGACAAAAACAAUCUUUCAAAUUAUUCAGUAAUUUUGCAAAGAAAAGUAACAACAUUUUUUAUGUUCUGUUAGGUCUGUUAAGACCUAAUGUCAACACUAGUUUUUGUCAUAAUGAUAAAUGUAGCCGUUCUCUGAACCUUUAUGCAGUUUGUUUUCUGCAUAAAGGUGUUUUCUAGUGGAUAUUUAAUUAGUAUAGUCCUGUUACAAACAGACAGCUGAUUCUACGUGCAGCAGGUUUAUGAGUUCAGACAGGAACCAAGCACAGCUAAAAGUCCGUAAAGCUAACUCAGGGUCAAGCAGGCAGAGGUCAAUCACGAGCAUGGGAGAAUCAAAGAAGAGACUAAAGUUUUAGAGUCCAGGGCCAGGGUAGACAUUUCCAGCUUGACACCUCCUUCUCGACUUUACCAAGGCUUAACAACGGACCGAAAUAUUGUUGUCAGUGUUGGCUUAUUGAAGUGACGAAAAUCAUGGCUCUUCUUUCCCCAGUACUGUCACUCAAGGCUCUGUGCGGUGCUCAAGUGUCAUGUGGUUAAUUAGCAGAUGAGAGUCAAGUGAGCGACAUCCAGGAACUGUGUGCUGGGGUUGCUGGGAGAUGAAGUGCAUUCAGUUCUCUGGAGGUGCCUCCUGUCUGUGACCAGAAGGGGACACAGAGCGCAGACUCCUGACAUGUACAUUCCAGAGUUACGUCAGGAGAAAAGAUAGAAUUUCCAUCUUGUUUACUGUCCAUGUAUUCAGAUAUGAUUCGGUUCUGUUUGAACAAUCCUAGAGUAGAACAUCCUGGUAGAAUUAAAAAUGUUACACAUUUUUUAAUAUAAAUAAAAUGAUCUGUUUCAGUCCCUGUUUGAAAGAAAAUGCUAAAUUGCAGCAUUGUAAACAACAACUGUAAACAAGUGUUUUUUGUCCCUCUAAUAUCCUUAAUUGAUCAGGCACUUUGUUAGGCAAUUAUCAUGACCACAGUCAAACAAGGGGCCAGAACACAGCAGUCUAACAUGAAGUGUCACGGAAAUAUCCUAAUUAAUUAAAAUCUUCAUAAAUGUUUUCUAAAAAAAAAAAAUGAAAAAAGGCCUGAAACAACUUUUCUUGCACUUUAUUACUGUUUGUUUUGCUUGUUUUUUCUCCAUUUUUUCUUGCUAUUUGAUACGGUUGUAUGCUAAAUGACUAAAUAUAAAUGUAUACAGUUUUUAUUUUCUUGUCAGUUUAAAUGCUGUUAUAUUUUUUACUUUUUUUUGUUUAUUUUAUUGGCGCUUUGUAAAGUCUCAAUUGUAAAUUUUCUUGUUUUCCUCCAUGUGAUUAAUAAAGAUGAAUCCGUGUACGAACUCUCAACAGAUACUAUUUGUUGUUCUUGGUUGCAACAGAUAUCAUUAGAUUUUUUGUUUAAAAAAAAAACAUUAAUCAAUUAUGUUAAAUAAAAGAGUCAAAAUCAUAAUCUGAGUUGACAAACAAAUGUUUUUACUAAAAGUGGCAAUUCUCAGAUUUUUUAGGGAAACAAAACUUCAAAAUCAUUCAAAUAUCAAAUAGUUCAAAGUUCAAGAGCUAAAUACAUUUAUUUUUAAUACAGGGGUGUCAAGUUUCAAUGGUAAGUCAAUGUAAAGAUGCGGCACAUCUUGAUUUGGGCGUCGGGCGCAAUAAGUGCAUCAACCAA